AUGUCAUACCGCAACACUGAUGUUGCUAACCCUCAGGACCAAGUAUAUCCUCAACAACAAGCAGCUCGAUCGAGUCAGGUGCCACAACAUGGGUAUGGUCAAAAGAACAAUUUCCCUGGACAACAAAUGAAUAUCCCACCAGGCUUCCCCCACCAACCGCCCCAGCCUGCACCUUCACAAGAGAAUGAGCUCAAAGCAAUGCUAAAGCAACUACUUCAAGGGCAAGCUGAUGGGGUAGUGGACACAAGCAAGAAGCUAGCUGAAAUAAACUCUAAGAUCGAGAACCUCAACACAAGGGUUUACUCUCUGGAGAAUCAUGCUUCUUCUGUUGCUGCUGCUACAAAGCAAGGACAACUACCUGGUAAAGCUAUUCAGAACCCCAAGGAACAGUGCAAGGUCAUCUUCACUCAAGAAGGACUUGUUGAAGAAGAGGAUCAAGAAAGGGUCAUUGAAGAUUUUUGUUUACUGCUGAAUGAUGAAGAGAUUGUUGCUGCUGAGGCUCCUGGAGUCCAGAUUGAUCAACCAGAAGUGCAUGCACCUACUGUGGCCAUUCACACUUCACCAGUUGAGCUCGCACGACAAGCUCGAUCGGCAGCUCGAUCGAGUCCAACUCUAGCUCGAUCGAGUCCGACCUCUUCUGUCCGAAUUUUUGCUUGA